UUUGCCACGCUUCCGCGUUGUCGUCUUCUCUGGUCAAAGUGGAGCAGCCGCCGAAACGGCUCCGUUGCUUCUCCCUCUUCCCUUCUUCUUCUUCUUCUUCUUCCGAAGCAUGCCUCGCUCUCGAAGCCCGAACCCUAGCAAUUUCAUAUAACCUCUUCAAAUCGUCGCAGGAUCUCGCGAUUGCCCCCUUCUCCCGCACGAUUUCCGCAUAAAGAUAGCAAAUGCCAGAGGAGGAUCUGCUCGAGCUUAGGUUUCGGCUCUAUGAUGGAUCGGACAUCGGUCCCAUCCGGUAUUCUUCGUCUUCCACCAUUGCCAUGCUCAAAGAGAGGAUUGUGUCGGAGUGGCCACGAGUCCUUGCGAGUUGUGUUGAUCUUGUGGUACUCUUGAAGGAGGGUGCUCCAAAUUUAGUUCGUUUGUCGUGUAUGCUUCAUGCCAAUCAAGAGUUAUUCGGAUAUCAUGUGCAUUUGACCCGUGAAGAUAAGCAGAUUAUACCAAAAAUCGCUAAUGAUGUCAAAUUGAUAAGUGCGGGGAAAAUCUUGGAGAACAGCAGAACAAUCUCUCAGUGCAAGCCAACUUUUGGUGAGCUCCCUGGAGGUAUUAUCACCAUGCAUGUUGUUGUGCAGCCAUCAUCAGCUAAGUCUAAAACAGAGAAGAAAGUUGAUGAGUUGCCAAAGAAGGCAGCCUGUUACUGUUCGAUAUUGUAGAGCAAUGAAUCUCUUCUAUGGAAGGUUCCAAUCCUUGCCUCGCUCCGUCGAAGUUGUUAUAACAUGCUAAUCAUCUGUGAAAGAAGAGAGGGUCUUAAUGUCUGAUAUGUAUGUAUGAAGUAAAUUGUCUAGUUUCAUUGUGUUUAGGCUACAGUUUUUCCUUGUAACAAAAGUAUUCGUUGUAUUGAUCGAACUCAUUGCAUAUGGAAGUUAAAGAGUCUCGGAGGGUGCCCUGUUGUCUCCCACAUUGUUCUUGAACACGGAUUUUAAACUGGAAGUAAAUGCUGAUGCAGCUUUUGUUGA